GCCUCACUAAUACUAAUAACGUCGUGUGAUUUCAGGUCACUGUACCUCUUUGUUUGGGUAAUCCGCGAACACAAAAUCCAUGUCUUAAUCUGUCUUUCAAAGAAAGAGUAGCAGCAUCAAUGGCCGAGCACUCGGCUAACUAGCUAAGCACAGUACGCUGAAACAAAAAACAAUCAACGCAUUUAGUUGCUUUUUUCAGUGUAUGUUGCAUCAAUUGACCGAUCUUUCAUUCACCGGAAAGCUAUCGGAGUAUCUGCGCAGAAAGUCUUUUGCCUGUGGAAAAGCUGUCCGUCCUCACGUUCCCUGCGCAGACAGUGACGUUGACCGUCUGCACAAUUCUGCGAAAGUGUAGCCGGUCACUGUGGCGGUGCUUGCGCGAUGUAGGGGCGACCACUCGCUGGAUUUCAACAGUAAAAUAACCUCAGUAGGUGCAAAACUUUCGCGGAGAGAAAAAAAAAUCAGUUUUCAAGAGCACUCCGGCGAUGUCGGUUAACUACGCAGCAGGGCUAUCGCCUUACGCAAACAAAGGCGUAUGUGGGCUUCCGGAGGUGUUUGACUCUCCUGAGGAGCUGCAGAAUAAGGUGGCCAUUUUGGCUCAGCUGGUGCAGGAGUCCCAGUACAUGGUGGUCCAUACAGGCGCCGGGAUCAGCACCUCUGCUGGGAUCCCAGAUUUUAGAGGUCCAAACGGCGUGUGGACCAUGGAGGAGCGGGGCGAGACUCCGCACUUUGACACCACGUUUGAGGCGGCCCGCCCCAGCGUGACCCACCUGGCCCUGCUGGCCCUGCAGCGGGCCGGCUACCUCAAAUACAUCAUCAGCCAGAACGUGGACGGGCUUCACAUGCGCUCCGGCUUCCCCAGGAACCUGCUCUCGGAGUUGCAUGGGAACAUGUUUGUGGAGGAGUGUGGUAAAUGUGGCAAGCAGUACGUGCGGGACACGGUGAUCGGAGUGAUGGGCCUGAAGCCCACCGGCCGGCGCUGUGCUGUCAUCCGCUCCCGCGGCCUCCGUGCCUGCAGGGGGAAGCUGAUCGGGACCAUCCUGGACUGGGAGGACGCCCUGCCAGACCGGGACCUGACCCGGGCGGACGAGGCCUCCAGGCGGGCGGACUUGGCGGUGACUCUGGGCACGUCUCUGCAGAUAAAGCCCAGCGCCAACCUGCCCCUGGUGACCAAACGCAACAGCGGGAAACUGGUCAUCGUCAACCUGCAGCCCACCAAACACGACAAGCACGCCAACCUGCGCAUCAGCGGCUACGUGGACGAGGUGAUGACCAGGCUGCUGAAGCUGCUGGGAUUGGACCUCCCCGAGUGGGAGGGGCCAACAGUGUGCGAGAUCGCCGCGGAGACCGUCGCCGCCCCCCAGCGCCCGCCGCCCGCCCCCGCCACCGCCAAGACGGAGGCCGAGGAGAGCGAGCUGGGCGUGGCCACCCGGGAGGAGGUGGCGGCCGUGGCGUUGGCGGCGGCCGCGGCGGUGAAGACGGAAGCUUCCGCCUCGCCCUCAGCCCCCGACACGCCCCCUCGCCUGGAAAACGGGCGCUGUCCGUCCGCCGACGAGGAGGGGGAGGAGGAGGAGGAGUCACGCUCCACUAACGGCUCCGCCUACUCUGAGGGCGUGGCCAGCCCCCCUGCCUCGAAACGACUCAAAACCCAGCCACUCCUGGCCUAGGCCACGCCCCCCUCCAUCAGCCAGCAGCCAAUGAGACGGUGCUGGUGGAUCUGACUCAGGGUGAGGAGCCAGUGGGGGCGGCUUCCCUCGCAUCGGUGCCCAGCCUGGAGGGGGGGCGUCCGUAGCAAAUGCAAACUACCCACUACAGCGGCGAAUGGUAAAGCUUCCUGGAGGGGGCGCUUGGAGGAUGCUGGGAAUUGUAGUUCCAGAACAGACCUGAAGUGUCAGCAGACCUGUGUUCUUUGUGUGUCUGUAGUUGGGGGGUGGGGGCUGCAGUAAACUCUCUCUGGUCAUAAUGUAGGUAGCUGUGGUGCUGUAGGUGUCUGGGCGGUUGUGGGAAGAACAGGGCGAGGUGCUUCAUGUGUGACUGCCAGCCAGGCACAAGCUGCACUCUGUAGUUUUGUAUUUUUUCUACACUUUUUUUUCCACACUUUACAUUGUGAGUGUUUAUCCCAGAAAGGCACUGUGAAGCAUCUCUCUGAUGAUAACUUUCAGCGUUUCCCAAACUCUGUGAACCCAGGACUGAAUGUGCAAAUUUGCCCUUACUCUUAUUAAAAUGGCUGUCAACUUGAGACAA